UUAUUCGCCUGAUAUGUGCAAUUUCGACGCAAAUAAAACUUUCGAUACAAUCGAAAAGACUAUUUUGCGGAUUUAAUUUUCUCUAUUAAGCUGAUCAUAAAAUAUAAAAUAUCGCGACACAUUUUUCACAGAUUUUUGGCCGUUCGGUUUUUAUCGGCACAACUUGAUAAAUCGAAAAGAAACUAAGAUUUGCAGGAUCGGGAGCGAAAUCGGGAGGAAGUGAGAGAUAUCUAGAUUUGUAGAACGGCUGUGCUUCGAGCUCUGAUGUAUGCCACGGAUCUACCUUGUGCUAGUGCUCGCGUUUGAGUAUGAUCGACUCCCCGGAUCUCUCUUUCGUAAAUCGAGAUCGCUGAUUUUCUCAUGCGAUUCGCGCGAACGACGCGCGGUGAGCGCGUACCAGCGCGAGAGUGAUGCGGUGAGUGCAGACGCACUUGACGAGAAUUCGCGGGCUUGCGAGACCGCUCAGCUGGUGAUACAUCUCGCUGACGGAUAUUGGAUCAUGGAUCUGCGCGUUGUCGUUCAGCGAGCAUACUUUCUCAGGUGGGAUCGCGUGGAGGACAUCGGCGAAAGUAUCUUCGAUCGUUUACAGAAGGUGAGGGAAGGAUGAAGAAUGCCCCGUGCUGGCGGAGGAGACGGGGGUAGCGGACCCCAGAGGACGGGAGGGGGUGGCUUCGGAGGAUGGCUGGGGGGCGCCGCGAGGGCCAUGACAGGUGGAGGCGUCGGUGGUGGAUAUGUCAUUUUGGGUGGCACCAGAUACGGCCUACGAAUCUCUCAGGAGAGCCUGGCGCCGGCCAACUCCGGGGAGGAAUCGCAGGAGCAUCGGCGAAAGCGAAAUUCGCGCGAGAGCGACUCGCGGGAGCGGUUGACCGAGAAACCGGCGGAGAAGCCGCCGAUAGAUCUGGCCAGCAUCACCGAUUGCUGCUGCAUCGGUCCGCGGUCACGGCUUCCGCUCCCACGGAUUCCGCCGCCGGUCUGUUCGCUCAUCCCGAUCACGUCCUCGAUGACAUCCGUGACGCCGUCGCCGUGCCCUUCGACCGUCGUCGUCGACGGUUGCUCGCCGCCUCUUCCUGCUUCUAUCGCGAGCGUCGCGGAGACGACGCCGUUCGCUAAUAAUAGUCACGGCGCGGUGCAAACGUCGGUGGGGAACAUGGGCAGCACCAGCCAGCAGCCGCAGCAGAAACAGCAGUCACACCACCACCAACAUCAUCACCACCACCACUACCAUCAACAGCAGCAUCACUACCAACAACAGCAUUAUCCACAAACAGCGGCGGCGGCGGCGGUAACGUCGUCGUACCCGCCGCCGACGACGACGACGACGCCGUCUUCACCCUCGACGUCGCUCGGCUACUCGUCCGGCAUCCCGACGACGACGCAGACCGUCUCCGUGCCGCGGCAGCUCGCGCAGUGGACGAAGCAUCAGACGCUCAAGCUUCAGGAACCAGCCGUGAUAGCGGUGGACCGAUUGCACAGGUUUCGCUGGAGCGGGGGCGGAGGAGGAAGCGGCAAGAAGUCCUCUUCCGGCCCCCGCAGCGAGAAGGCUGAGCGCCUUCGCGAGCUCACUGAGAAACUUAAGGGACCGGCACCGGUUCCGCCACCCAGAAGACCAUCGCGGGUCCAGGCCUCCUCCCCUCCUCCGAGCGGAUACCAGCCGUCGUCUCAAAAUUAUCCACAGACGGACCCAAAUCCAGGUUGCGGUCGCUGCGAGGGUCGCCCAUCUCAUCGCAGCUUUACAUACAGCGAGGGCGGUCAACAUGGUGGCAACAAUCAACAGCCUCAGCAUCAGCAACAGAAGGACCAUCCGAAGACGAUCGUCCGCGGUGAGAGUGUCAGUGAAGAGUGUCUCAGUGAUCGGUCGGGAAACGAGGCGUACCGAAAGCCCUGCCACGACUCGAGAAAGCCCUCGAGAACGGGCAGACCCGAGAGAAACAGUGGUGACGUGAGUGACCUCAGAAGCAAACAGAACGUUAAUGCGGAGGCGGCAAAACACUUGAGACAGUACAGUGAUUCCGUGGUGGACAGUGCUACGAGUGUGGACGAUCUGUGCGAUAACCUGAACGCCACUUCCGUCGGCGGUGAGGGAGAGGAUCGGGAUGCCAUAACGACGCUGGAGCCGCGUGGGCUGCUCGCCUUUCACAGGGCCGGCGCGCCCUACAGAAGCGCCUCCUUCGGCCAGGUGGACUUUAAUCAAGAUGCAGAUUUUACUUUCAGCGCGAACUCGCACUUUCCUCUUCCGGUGAACCGACAGAAAACUCAAGCGAUCGCGGCGUCUAAUCGCUCCGAGAUCAAAGACGUUCGCGCAAGCACGUUACCCCGUCGUCGCGGUGAUGUCACACCAGGUGGCUCGACGCCCCAAAACAGUCCCAAUCGACAGAGUCCGAGGACGUCGACGCCCAGCGUCGACAGCGCCGUCGGUUCUGCCGAAGGUCUGGGUGUACCUCAACAAGGCAACCACGAGGAUAUCCGACCCAGAAGCGAUGGCUCAGACAGCUUGGCAACUUCCAGUGCACUAACUAGCCCGGAACCUCUGGUCCCGGAAGUGAACGAGCCGAGAGCCGAUCAAACGGACGCGGCUGCCGUCGAGUCGAUUAGCCACGAGUCGGUUUAUCCGAUUGUUGAAGGAAGUACUGUGGAGGAAACCGUUCAAAAAGAGACCAAAAUAGAGCCGCACGAGGUAAUUAUCACUCCACCCCCGGAGGAGCCGCGUCUGAGUCAAGCGAGCGAAGGCAGCGAGGCGCCGAGCGAGACGCCCUCGGAGACGUCCUCGCCGUCCGGCAAGACGAGACGAUACCGGGGCGACACUAGCAAGAGGAGGAAGGGCGUGUACAUAACUCAAUGGCCAGAGCCCUUGGACGCGAACAGGAACAAGCUGUCGGCUCAGAGCAGCGAGGAGAGAGACGAGCCACCUGCGACGCCCAGCGAUCUGUCCGACUGCGAGGGCCACACGCCUCGAAGGUACAGCAAGAGGCCUCUUCGCGGACCCUACGGGCAGAUGCUGGAGGCCGAGAUGGCGAAACCGCGUACCGCCGACAUCGCGCUCGACGAGGGUCUUCGUCCUCGCAGAAAGAUCUCAGCGAAUCUCUCGUACAACGCGAGCGGCAACAACAACAGCGGCUCCGAGCCACCCACGCCCUGCCAUCACCGGACGACCUCCAGCCCUACCAAACUCGAGGGGCUUCCGGGGCCGAGUCCCGAGCUGCUCGCGGAGCUGCUGAGAGGGUCCUCGGAGAGGGUGGCUCGCGCACCAGCGCAUCGAAACGACACAAGGACUCACGUGGUUGUGGAGCUUUACGACACGGAACGAUCCUAUGUGGAGGCGCUACAGAUACUAGUCAAUAAAUACCUACAGCCCUUGAAGAGCCCCGAGAAUGCUGGCUUGGUGGAUGCCGGAACGGUCGACGAGAUAUUUUAUCAGAUUCCUGCGCUUCUCAGCCAUCACGAGGUAUUCUUGGAGGAGCUGCGUAGGCGACUGGACACCUGGGAACUCAAGCAGACGAUCGGCGACGUCUUCCUCGAUGUGUUCACGAAACCGGUGGUGCUGGAGACAUACACCCUGUUCCUGGACAAUUGGAAAUCCGCAAGGAAGGCGAUAAAAACAACGUGCCAAGCGAAACCGGCCUUUGCACGAUUUCUCGAGACGAUGGAGCGCGAACACAAGGGCAAACUAGGUCUGGACCAAUUGUUGAUCAAACCCGUGCAAAAGAUCCCGCGGUAUGAGCUGCUUAUACAGAGAUUGCUAAAGCAUACAGACCCGACGCAUCCCGAUUACGAGCUGUUGCAGGCCGCGCAGAAAGAAGUGCACGAGCUGGUCGUGAAAAUUAAUUGCACGGAAAGGGAGUCACUCGAGUGGGAACAGCAACAAACGACGUUAAGGGAGGUCCAGGCCCUCGUUGAAGGUCUCGCCGGCAUUGUAACGAACGACAGAGCUUUCGUCCGGCAUGAUCUGGUCACUAUAGCGUCGAAUCAGGGCACGCGGAAGGAACGGGCUUUAUUUUUGUUCUCCGAUCUCCUUGUCAUCACCAGCAUCAAGCGUAGAAGCGGCACGAUAAGAAAACCAUCCACAAGCACGUGUCCGAACAGCCUGGUUGGUUUGCUUGACGCGAACAAAUACAAAAUGUUGAUGCGAAUUCCACUGGACGAUCUCGAAGUGAUGAAAGCCAAAGACGAGAAUUUAAGGCGAAUGGCGCGCGAAGUGGACUACCUUCGAGAAGAUUGCACAAAGUUAACUCAACUUCAGGAACUCGCCGCGACUUUGCACGGUGCCAAGCAGCAGUUGGAGGAUCUUAUCAAGGAUAUGCUGAGUCAAGCCCAACGACAACUGGCAGAAAGAAAUGCAGCGCAUUCGCAGUUGGCUUGCUUGGAACUAACACUCAAUACUCAAGCCGGAAUUGAGAAUAUAUCUGUUAUGUUCGCGAAACCUGACAAACGUGCGAGUUGGGAGGAGAGCUUUAAUGAAGCCAAGCAGAAACUCGCACUGUCAGCCGACAGGAGACUGUGUCCUGAAUUCGUGGGACCUUUACCGAUCAGAAAAACUCGAGCUGGUCUCCAGUUCACGUGCGCGGCGCCGACAUUGGUAAACGGACAGGGAUCGAAGGACGUUUGGGUCUGCAACAGCGAUGGAUACGUCGGUCAGGUGUGCGUGCUAAGUCUAAGCCCGGAACCACCGCAGGUUACGUCGUGUAACGGAGUCUGCAACUCCAGGAUACUCUGUGUCGCCGGGAUACCCGCGUGCACCCCCGGUUCAAACACGUGCACGUCGAACAACAGCCCAUUUAUUAACAGCAAGAGCGGUAUAAGCAUAUCGGUACAAGAUGUGGAUGCCAGUGGCGGUAAUAUACAGUUAGACAGUAGCUCGAGUUCCGACGAUUCAGACUCGGACGACAGUCCAUGCGCAGAUACGGGCAGCACGACAUUGAGCGGCGACGUAUCGAGUAUUGACAAUACUACUGCGGAGGAGGACGCGAAUCAGCCCACGAUGUGGCUGGGAACCGAGGACGGCUAUAUCCACGUGUACAACUGCAAUGACAACAUCCGGAUCAAGAAGAACAAGGUGAAGAUCCUGCACGGCAGCAGCGUGCACUGCAUCAUAUACUUGGAUAACAAGGUGUUCGUCUCUCUCGCCAAUGGGGACAUCACCGUUUACGUUCGGGACCAUACCGGUGGAUGGAAUACACCGGAUCCGACGACGGUAUCCGUCGGGACGGUGGCAUCGCCGGUAACCAAGAUGCUAUCUGUUUCUGGGAAACUUUGGUGUGGCUGUCACAAUAGUGUGAAAGUUUUGAACACUCAUACUUUGGACAUUGAGCACACGUUCAUGGUUAGCAGCGACACGAGCCGUGCCGUUUCUUGCAUGGCGAAUUCUGGAGGCUUGGGCGUCUGGAUUUCCUUACACAAUAGCGCUGUGCUAAGGCUCUUCCAUUCCGGUAGCUAUGAAUGUCUAACGGAUAUCAAUAUCGCGCCGGCUGUCACCAAAAUGCUUGCCACAGGUUGCGAUGACAUAAUUCGGCAGCACAAGGCCGCGUGUCUCAGGGUUACCGCACUGUUGGCUUGCAACGAGUUGCUUUGGAUCGGUACGAGCGCCGGCGUGCUACUCACUGUGCCAAUUCCCCAUAUAAAGCCAUCCACUCAGAGGAUGUCGCAGCCACCGAUCGUGACUGGAAUUCCUCACGGGCACACGGGACACGUGCGCUUUCUCACCUGCGUGGAAACGCCGAACCCCUCGAAACCCGAUCCUGGUUCGAAGGUGAAUCGUUACUCACUAAAGUCGAGUAAAACGCAACAGAACAAUAUCAAUCGCGGCAAACUCCUGGUGAUAUCUGGCGGAGAUGGUUACGAAGACUUCCGUGGACCUCAGGCAUCCGCAGAGUUGCAGGCCGGUCGUGAGGAUUCUACGAAUCAUCUGCUAUUAUGGAAAGUGUGAUAUGAUCUCGGACGACCCCAGGAUGAUGCAGUAGCUAUUUUACAUCUAGCAAGGGUCGCGGUAAACGAAAACCGGCAUGACACGCCGUGGGAAUCGUUGUUGUACGCGCAGCAUGCGGACGAAUGCCAUCGCCGUCGUCUGAUCGUGGCCGAUCACGACGCGCCGGCAGGUCCGGUUUUCAAGGAGCGCGGUAGAAUUCUCUGGCUGAUAUUAGCCGAAUGGAUUAAGGGGAAGAUGCGGGAACUGCACUACUUCCAGGACGUGAGGAAAUGUCGGGUGCAUAUUGCGCGGGAGUCCGAUUGAUCGACGAUCUUGGACCUGUUUUUUUCGUCUUUGCGCGAAUCUAUGAAAAGGAUGUUGUUCGUUGUUUGGUCAUCACUCGCGCAAGUCUGACGCAAAAUCAUUUACCAAUGAUACAUGCUUGAUGGUCAAAUUCCUUUUUUUUUUUUUUUUUAAUAUACAUAUAUUUGGAGAGUAAUAUUAUGAAACGAUUGUUACAUAAUAUUUAGAGAUCUGGAUGUUUAAAAAUAUUAUGUAAAUUUUUUCACAUAUUAUAAAUUAUUAAAUUAUUAGCAAUUUGCAUUAUAUUUAUUUCGAUUCUGCAUUUGUAAUUAUGUAGUAAAAAAAAUGAAUUUCUCUGCAUUAAGCACGUGCCUUUGGUAAAUAAAAUUGGAGAUGAAUAAAAUUGCGAGAUGUUGGAAAUGAUAGGAUCUGAUUCUAAAUGUAAUUUUCGAUGUCGAUGUAUGUUUGCUGUUUACACAAAGACACGAUUUUAAGAACGGCCCAUAUAUUAAAUUAGCAUAGUGCCAAACGACACAAAAGUUUAAAAGACAUUUACAAACUUGCUACAUCUUUUAAAUAACGAUAAAUGGUUUUUACAUAUUUGUGUCGUUUGAAUUUGGAUUAAGGGUACGUUUUCUUUUAGUUGCACUUUCAAAUAUCCUGUAGAUUUAAAACGAAAUAAGCCUACAGUGAAGCUUUUAAAGGAGAGAGAAAUAUAAAAAAAAAAAAUAAUGAAAAGUGCAACUAAAUAAAACAUGUGUGUUAACGGACCGGAUUACGAUCAAGUAAAUCAUCGACAUCGAUAAAUCGACGAUAGUGGAGUACCUGGCAGGGAGUUGAAUCGAGCUUAUAUAUCAAUACUGGCCUAAAUCGAAAAAUAGCAGAUAUAUAUAUACAUAUAUAUAUAUAUAUAUAGAGAGAGAGAGAGAGAAAGAGAGAUCUAUAAUUUAUUACGAUUACUAAAGUGCCAAAAAAAAAAAAACACGAGAAUUUACUCCCCGUUUGAUCAAUCGAUGCCGCGAAAAUACUGACGUUCUUGGUUAUUUCUAGUAUAAAAUGUAACUCGAUGUGUUUGUGUUAAUUGUUGAGAAAUUUAUCGGAUCUGUGUACAUCAAGGGCGUUAGAAAACUGGAGUAAUUUACAAAUUUAUUUAUUAGAAGGAGGCGAGAGAAAUAAAGACAGACAUUUGAAGCUUUCGCUUAUUAGAGAGGCGAAUGUUUUUAUUUUAUUCGGAUUUUAUUAUUUUCUAAUUAAGAUCACAAGUCAGUGAAAGCAAGUUUAUAACUGCAAGUCAGUACAAGUGCCAAUAAAUCAUUCAUGAAUUCGUCAUUAUAUACGCGUUUUAUCGUAUAUUUUUUAUUCUCCUCUUUCUAAUUUUUUAUAUAUAAAAGUUUUUAUAUAUAAAAGUUAAGAGAACUUAUUAAGAGAAAUUUUAGAAUCUUAUUUUACAAAAAUUUAACUUAAUUAUAAUAGAUGGCAAUUAUUCCUAAAAAUUUUUGAGUUUUCCCUAAUAUUUGAUUUUAAGAAAUUGUAAAAAAGAUAAGUAAUAUUAAUUUAAUUAUUCUCACCUACAAUUACUUGCUUAUUUACUUUUCUGUAAAAAUACUACAUACAUCAUAUGAUUUAUAAUUGAAAAACAUUGUAAAUCUAAUAACACAAGAGAAAUUUAAAAGGUUGUGCACCAUUGCUUUUGUACGAUCAUGAUAAUUGAUAAUUUAGUUGUUUACACUCGCUGUUUCUGCAGGUCUUUGUAAUCAAUGUUGGAUAAUAUAAUAAUUUGAAAGCAAAUUUAAUUCAAGAUAAGGAUUUGAUAUUAAAAAUCGCAGCGUAUUUAACAAGAAAAUAUGCCAUGAUUUAUAGCUUCUAUUAAUUACUUACGUGAUACAAGUAUUCAAAGAAUUAAUUAUUAAUUAAUAUGUUUUGACUUGUAACUGAAAACAUACAACAUUGAUUGCCAUGAAUACGCAAUCGCAUGCGAUUUGAAUAGUCAACAGUCUGUAAUAAAGCGAAUUACGCUUGACAAUAAUUAAAUGAUAAUGAGAACCUUAAUUAUACAAGAAACCAACCGAAGUUGUAUGUAUUUAAAAGCCAUCAAUGUUUCUGCUUGUGACAUCCUUCGUUAUUCAUGAAAACGAGCGACUGUAAAAGCAACGGCCAAGUAAUUAUUCCGAUUAUCUGCGAAUGUAGUGAUUUACGUGGUGUUGAAUUUAGUUAGUAUUUAAUCGUGAGUAAAUUAAUUAAUUGUGAGUAAAUUGCUUAUAAUUUGCAAUGGAAAAAAUAUGACAAAUCUAUUAUAUAAAUUAAGUACAAUGGAUAUUAUAUUAAACGUCAGAUAAAAAAUUGUGCGUAACACAAAGUUAAUUAUUCUCUUACGCAAAGUUUUUCGGCUUUUACGAUUUAUUAUUCUUAUUCGAAUAUAUACUCGACACGCAGAUCUUUUUAGAUAAAGAAAUAUAAUAUUUAUCGUUCUAUGCAAUCUCUUGGUCUUUCCAUUCCGAUAUUCGACAAUUUUAUUUAUGUGUGUAUAUCAAUUAUUAAUGUAUAAAUCAGGAUUUGGCGCGCACUUGUUUAUCGCACAAAAAUAAUACUUUGUCUCUCAAAAGGAUAUAUUCAAAUUAUAUAAAUUUUUGUCAAAUUAAGGCAUACGAAAAUACAUGUAUGAAUGCGAAUGAUAUGUAAUCAAGUGUAACUUCGAUCUCCAAGAGAUCGUUUUUCAAGCAAAUAUACACGUGCAACGUCACAAAACGUGAGAAAAAUGUUGAGAUAUUGCGCUUUCAGUUGUAAUUUUAUUUAUCAUCAAAAGAGAAAAUUGUAUUAAAAACAUGUUUAUUGAAGACAAUGCAUAUACAUGUCAAUAACAUUAAACAAACAAAAGAAUCUUUAUUAAUACAUAUAAUAUUAUAUAUUGAUAAAAUAUAUUGCAUCUUUCUUUUAUAUUAUAAAUAAAUUAUAAUAUAUAAGAGAGCAAAAAUACACAGAGAGCGCAAUCACAAUAACAUCUGACUGACGUUAUAUGCCUGUAUAUGCGCUACACAAUGCAUACAUAAAUUUUAAUUAAACUUGCAUUUGUGAGAUAUGUAUACGUUUCUCGAGCGAGACUUCACUUUUUCUAGUGAAUACAUAAGUUAUAUUUUUAAUGUAGUCAGUGUUCUAUGGGCAAAUUAUCUGCUUUGACACACGUGACUACACUUGUAUUAUAUAUAAUAUUCGAUAUUUUUUUGGUUCAUUAUUGAUUAUCUCGCUGCGCUACAUCACUUCGAACAUUAUAAUAUAUAACGGAUAGCGCGUGACGAUAUCAUAGAAUCUGCACAAAAGGUGCGAAGUGUAUGUUUGCAUUCUAUCCUUUUUGUACGUGUGUGAGAGUAUUUGUGCAUGUAUGUUUGUUCCGGAGACCGGAAUCGUGAUAUAGAGAAUUUCGGAUUUAACAUUUAUUAUUCCAAAAUUGUUAAAUGCGCGCAAAUACUAUGCGACACCGCGCAUGCGAUGUACACAAAAUAUUAACAUAUAUAUGUAUGAUACUAUGUACAAAUAACAAUGUUCGUUUAAAAUAAAGUCGUUUACAAAUA